CAUCCAGUCCAUCGACAGAGCCGAAGAUCUGCUGAGUCGCAGGCUGGAGAUCCGGGGACUGACCGUGAGAUGAACACACAUUACCUCACCACCUCGCGAACCAAUCCCCAGUUCUACAUAUUCAGCCAGCUCUUUGGCGACGAUCUAGACUGGAUCAGCCAGUGCGAUUGGGAGGGUAUUCAAAACGUUGCCUGGCAAGAGUUCUGGCAACGUGAAGGGCACGAGCUGCUGGAGCAGAAGUGGCACAAGCGUUUUCCCGAAUACAAGGACCUUAUCGAGGCUCUGACGCCUGAGGAGCAAGCCCUAUGGAGGGAAUUGUGGGAAAAACACGCCAGCGAUUCGAGUGCCAAGUUCUGGCACAUUUUUAGCUGUGCCUUCGAGAACUACCAAAACGAGUUGGCUAGAUCAUUUGGCUUCCAGUUAAAUACAACACCAGAUGGAGUUGAACAGAAUUUACAGACUUUGAGCCUUAACAAUAACCCAAAGAAUUCCAAGCAACGAAAACCCUCAGAGAGCGAGGAGGAUGAGUCCUAUCUGACUGCCAACGACGACCCCGAUGAUCUUGACGAGGAACAGCAGUUGCUGCUUCUAGGAUUGCCCACAUCCUUUGCCUCCAAGGGAGUUCACAAGAAACGAAAACAAAGAAAGCCAGUAUCGGAAUCUUCUAGCAGUGAUAGCGAGGACAGUGACGAUCUGUCAAUAAUGGAAGACAAUGAUAACAGCGCUCUUCGAGGCGUUCUGAAUGGUGGCGUCAAAAAGAACAAACGUCGGCAAAGGCAAGCCAACAAACUCAGGGCCAGGAUGCCCGAGUUUAUGCUGGAGGAGAACAGCCGGAUGGUGAAGUACUGGUUUAAGCGAUUCUCCUUGUUUUCCCGCUUCGACCAGGGAAUCCGGCUGGACCGCGAGAGCUGGUUCUCGGUGACGCCCGAGAAGAUUGCCAAACAGACGGCCCGGCGACUGGCCUGCGAUAUUAUCGUGGAUGCUUUUUGUGGAUGCGGUGGCAAUGCCAUCCAGUUCGCCAACACCUGCGGACGCGUUAUCGCCAUCGAUAUCGAUGCAGAGAAGCUAGCUAUGGCGAAGCACAAUGCCGGCAUUUAUGGGGUGGCCCACAAGAUCGAGUUCGUUCAUGCCGAUUUCCUGCAGUUUGCGGCCAGCACCAGGAUUCGCCCAAAUGUAGUGUUUCUCAGUCCUCCUUGGGGUGGUCCCGACUACCAGAAGCAGUCAGUCUUCGAUAUUGAGCAAAGUCUUCUUCCCGUGGGCGCCAGUCAUCUGAUGCAGCUUUCCCGUCGACUGGCGGAUGACGUUGCCUUCUUUCUGCCACGCAACGCAAACAUGAGCCAAGUGAUCGCCUUGAGUGGAGCGGGGCAGCAGUGCGAGGUGGAGCACAACUAUCUGGACACCAGAAUGGUGGCUCUGACUGCCUAUUACGGCAGUGGAAUUAUAAAGGGUCCAUUAGGGGAACAUCAGCCGAAUUAAAAAUUAAGAGAGAGAAUAGUAUCCAAAUUAAAUAUUAAGAAACUAUUCAUUAAGCCAAUGUUCAGGUAUUAUUCUGUUAAAAAGAAAAGGUUAUUUUAGAAUGUUUCAAAAGGAAACCAAUUUAAGUAUUUCAAAGUGAAAUUUCAAAUUUGUUUAGAUCAGAAUUUAAUUUGUGACUAUGCAAGUAUAAAAAGAAAUAUUUAAAGUUUGCUGUUCAUUUUCAUUUGUUUAAAAAAACAUACAAAUUGGCUAUUAGUUUUAUUGUUUUGAAUGAGAAACCUUUGAACACAUACCUUUUUUAAUUUGUUUUAAUUUUACUUACAAUGAAAAAAAUGUAUGCGAAGAGCCUAUUUAUUUAAGAUCUAUUACUAUGUGUAUAAGAGAAAAACAAUCACACAUCCCUAUAAUGCAAAUAUAUGAUAGUAAGAAUAGCUUUUUUAACCACGAGAUGUAAGUAAAAAGAAGUCAAAAAUCCGUGUAAUUACGCAUUAAACAUACGUUAUCGUUUUUAAUGCCAUUUUCUUUCAUUGUUUAUCCUCUUAAGUUUUUGUGUUCAUUUGCAACAUUGUGGAAAAGUUGACUAAUGAAUAAAGUCGCCUGACAUGUAACACA